UGUCGUCUAACUAUCUAUGUAACCAAACGGGAAAUUGUCCUGUAUGUCAAGAGGUUCUAAUGGUUCGAAAUUUUGAAAGACAUUGUAACAAUAAACAUACACUAUUAUCAUCUAAUGAACGUCGCAAUACUUUGAAAACUUUAAAAGAAGAAUGUUCAAGAAAACGUACAGCAAAACAAGCAAAUUCAUUUAAUUUACGUGAUUUUUAUUUUGCAAAAAAACCUCGUAUUUCACAAACAGAUCCAAAAGUAUUAAAUGACAAUAAUAGUGAAGUUGUUAAUCCAGUUAUUGACAACACUUUAGCAAAUACUAAUGAAAUCAGUGCACCUAAUGAUGGUUCAAAACACUGCACAGCACAACUAUGUGUCGAUCUAUAUCUAUUUCUAACUGAGCCGAUCGGCUCACCUUUUAUUCCUACUCCCAGAUGA